AUGAAGAGCUUCAGCACCAUUGUCCUUGCGGCUGCUGCCGCCACCGGCGUCAUGUCCGCCGCUGUCAAGCAGCCCCAGCCCAUUGAGCAGCGUACCACCGGGGCCGACCUCAAGUUGGCCGGUUCCGUCAUGAACUCCGCCGCUUUCGACGCCUUCAAGAACACCGAGGUCAAGGUCGCCCCCAACGUCUUGAACUCGCGCCAGGAGGCCGAGCCUGACCCAAACCGUAACGAGACCAACCCCGACGUUGUCUUCUUGCUUCAGUGCGCUGACGCUGGCUUCCGUGGUGACUGCCUCGUCUUUGGUGCCCCCCCUGGUUCUUGUGUCUCUUUCUUUGACUUCAACGGCCCCAACUCCACUGAGGUUAGCGACCGCUUCAACGACAAGGUUACCUCCCUGUCCACCAACACUGGUGGAAAGUGCCAGUUCUACAAGUUCAAGGGCUGCGACAACAAGGGCGACGACCGCGGUCUCACUUCUUCCUACAACUACAACCUGGCCGUUGCUCUGCCUGAUGACCCUCGCACUGUUGAGUACGACAACGAGAUCACCUCCUGGAGGUGCUAA